AUGUGUUUCGCGAAGGAAAACCCAGACUCAGUAGCGAAAUAUCUCAGCGAAGUGAGAUAUCCACUCUUCCUCUCAUCAGUGCAAGGACUGAACUAUCGAGGGCACCUGAAAAACCAAAGGGGGGGGGAUCUGGAAGUUUGGCGGGCUGGGACAGCGGGAAAAAGAGUUCGCGCGGGGGAAAAAAAUUGCAGCGGGAAAAAUCCCGCGCUCUCGCUCAACGCGCGCGUGGGCGGCUCGCCUGCUCGUGGGCAGACGCCCACGUGGGUGAGCCCCCACCCCUUGAUUACACUCCCUGCUAUUGCUUCUACGGGAAUCCUUGUUCUCUGUUUUUGCAUCCUAUUAGGAUUACGUAGAAGGAGAGCCAAGAAUCCGACCCCAAGUAGCACGCUCUCUCUUACUAAGCAUAGAUUGAUCCCCUACUACGAGCUUGUUCGUGCCACUGACAACUUCAGCGAGAUAAACUUACUCGGAAGGGGUGCAUUUGGUUCUGUGUACAGAGGGCUUUUAGAUGACGGCCUUCUUGUUGCCAUCAAGGUCUUGAAUAUGCAAAUCGAUGGAGCUUCAAGGAGUUUUGAUGCUGAGUGUUGUGCUUUGAGGAUGGUUCGCCACAGAAAUCUUGUUAGAAUCAUCAGUUCUUGUUCCAACUUGGAUUUCAAGGCACUCGUCCUCCAAUUCAUGCCCAAUGGCAGCCUAGAAAGAUGGCUCUACUCCCAUAACUACUCCUUGAGUUUACUUCAAAGGAUUAACAUGGCCAUCGAUGUUGCUUCAGCUAUUGAGUACCUCCAUCAUCACCAUUCUCAGGUUGUGCUGCAUUGUGAUCUGAAACCGACCAACAUUCUUCUUGAUGAAGAAAUGACCGCACAUGUCAGCGACUUUGGCAUUGCAAGACUACUGAGUGGUGAUAACCAGAGUGUAACCUCAGCGAGCACGCCGGGGACAAUUGGUUAUAUUGCCCCAGAGUUUGCUUCAACAGGAAGAGUCUCCACAAAGGGAGAUGUCUAUAGCUUUGGAAUAUUGUUGCUAGAAAUCUUUACGAGAAAGAAGCCUACUGAUCCUAUGUUUACCAGGGAAUCAAGCUUGCGACGAUGGGUAAGUGAUGCACAUCCUGCCGGCUUGUUUGAUAUAGUGGACCGCAACCUCUUGAGAGAUGAGGAUGGAGAUGAAAGGCCGAGGAGCGACUUAGCUUCAAUGCAGGCUUGUCUAUCUUCUAUCAUGGAGUUGGGGAUCGUCUGUUCAAGUGACUCACCUAGAGAAAGGCUUCCUAUGAAGGAAGUCGUCCCAAAGUUGCAGAAGAUCGAGAUGGAGUAUUUGUCAGUGUAUUGAGUUGUUUGAAACAUGACUGUAACAUGUUAUGGAUGUACUUAUCACUAUGUUUGGGAGUUUAGUAAUGAAGGGGAAGGAAAAGGGAGGGAGUGUGAAAUAGGACAAGGGAUGGUUUCCUUUUAUGAGAAGCAUUUUAUACA